AUGGCCUUAAAUAUUUCUAUUCAGGCUUAUCCAGUAUACGCAUUUAUCGUAGCAUUGCUGCUUCUUCUCCUUCUCAGAAACCGAUUCAGGAAAGGUCUGAGCGAUAUUCCCGGCCCUUCUCUCGCUAAAUAUACCCGACUGUGGAAACUUCACAAUGUUUGGAAGGGCGACCACCACAAUACCGCAAUUGCAUUGCACCGAAAACAUGGACAUCUUGUCCGUAUUGGCCCCAAACAUAUCUCAGUCGGGGAUCCCAAGGCUAUCCCUAUCAUAUAUGGUCUGAACAAAGGAUUUACCAAGACAGCUUUUUACCCUAUCCAGUGCAUCUCGUGGAACAAAAAGCCACAGGUGAACCUCUUCUCCGAUCGUGACGAACAACACCAUCGCGAACAAAAGCGCUUGGUCGCGAAUGCCUACAGCCUACGCUCUCUUCUUGAGAUGGAGCCCGGGGUUGACUCAUGCACAAACAUCUUCCUUGACAAACUCGGUAGCUUUGCAGACCGGAAGGCACCUGUUGAUUUGGGAGCAUGGCUUCAGUAUUACUCCUUUGAUGUGGUUGGCGAAUUUGUCUUCGCUAAGAAACUCGGAUUUCUCGAAGAAGGCCGAGACGUCGAUGGCAUGAUUGAGGCCAUUCAAGGAAUGCUGGUUUAUGCUAGUCUUUGCGGCCAAGUUCCAGAAAUGCAUCAUGUCUUGCUGGGCAACCCGCUGUUCCCCAUCUUCCUCCCCCAAAUGGAGACCUGGAACUCGGUGGUGAUAUUUAGCCUGAAGGCGAUCAAUUCACGUUCAUCAUUGAAGCGUGAUGGAGAGUUGGAGAAAGAGGAUCUGGAAGCAGGGAAGGAUAUGAUGUCCAAGUGGAUGGCUGUUCAUCAGCUCAACCCUGAAAAGAUGACUACGACAGACGUGAUGGUCCAUCUUUCAGCAAAUGUGUUUGCAGGCUCUGAUACUACAGCCAUUGCCUUCCGCGCAGUAUUCUAUUUUCUCCUCCGCAAUCCAACAGUGAUAGCCAAGGUUCAAGAAGAGAUUGACAACGCGACACGUGAAGGAAAACUGAGCGACCCAAUCUCGUACCGCGAGUCUAUGACCUAUCUGCCAUAUCUCGGGGCUGUAAUCAAGGAGGCGAUGCGUCUCCACCCAUCCACGGGGUUGAUUAUGGAGCGCCAUGUUCCAAGCGAAGGUGCAGUUAUUUGUGGCAAAAACAUCCCUGCUGGAACAGUCGUUGGCAUCAACGCAUGGGUUGUGCACAGAAAUCCCGAGGUUUUCGAGGAUCCUGACUCAUUCAUUCCGGAGCGAUGGCUCGAUAACUCGCCCGAGAAGCUCAAAGAGAUGGAACAGAGCUUCUUCGUCUUCGGUUCCGGAGCUCGGACCUGUUUAGGAAAGUACAUCUCCUUGACAGAGAUGCAUAAGAUGAUACCAGAGUUAUUGCGUAAAUUCGAGAUCAAGUUGCACAACCCGAAACAGGAGUGGAAGACGAAGAAUGUUUGGUUUGUGCAGCAAGAAGGGUUGGUCUGCGACAUUAGGCGAAGAACAUAA